AUGUUGAAAGAAGGCUGGUAUAGAAUUUACAGUGAUAAUGGGGGUGAUAUGCCUACCACACAGCUGCCUGGAACAAAGUAUUGUGGAACAAUGAACCCGAUUUGGUUGAAUGGUACUUUGCCAAAAUUUGUGGACGGAAAUAUGACUAUAGAAGCCUGCAUUCAAACAAAUCAAAGUGUUUGUGAAGAGUCAAUUUAUAUUGUAACAAGGAACUGUGAUGGCUAUAACGUAUAUUAUCUGCGACCAACACCAGCUAAUUCAUCUUAUUGUUUCGGAAGUGGACCAGUACACUGUAUAGCUAGUAUGUCUUCAGAAACGGAAUAUUAUCCAGGAUGUAGCUCUAAUUUUCCAACGAACAGCAUAUCCGUGGAAGUUGAAGCUCUUUUAACAGAAGGUGAAAUUUUCCCGAUACCUAAUGUAGAUCCAACGCCAAGUUUAAUUCCAAUUUUUAAAUGCGUAUUUGAAGACCAAUCCAACGAAACAUAUUUCUAUGACGUUUACUGGUUGAUAUGUGGAAAUGUUAUUAAAAACAACAACAACUUGUUGUUCAAAAAUAUCACUGAUGCCAUUGUUCUGAAAGAAAUGGAUUGGCAUGAUAAAUACAAAAUGAACAUGGAGGUGAAAUGUGCUAUCAGAAUGAGAAAUUCAAACGAAUCAACACCAGGCCCAUAUGUGUAUAGUCCGGUCUUUAAAGCUGGACUCUAUCCGGACAAAUAUUAUUACACAAUUACUGAAGGGGAAUCUUUUAAUAUAACCUUUACGUCCACAGUUCCCGUGGGGUGUAUUUCAUCACAUCCAGAUUUAAGAUCUCAAUGUGAGCAGAACUUCUACAUAUUUCGACCGUAUAAUCAAGAACCAACCUGCAUUAAUAACAUGAUUAAAAGAGAUAUUGUAUUCAAAGCUGAAUCCUGUGGAAUCAGAUUAGGAAAUCUUGACUGGAUGGAAAAGAGAACGUUACAAGUGUAUGGAUACAACGAUGGACUCUACAAUGUUAACAAUAGAUAUGCUUAUAUAAAACUGUCAGCCUCUUCUGUUUCUAUACCUAAUAAUAUUUGGAAAGAUGUAUAUAUACAACAAAUAAGGGUACUUAUAGUUUAUAACUAUGUUAAAGUCUUCCCAUCAAAUGUAACCUUGGUUAAUAGUAGCAGUUGA